UUGAAGCUUUCUUGAAAGGCUUCCCAAGUUGCUUCCCCAUAACAAUGAGAUGAUCGAGCGCUUCUCUAGUUUCUGUCAAGGAAGAGGAUCUCACAAAUUCGACCCUCUUCCAGCUGGAGAUAGAUAGAUUUUCGACGAUCUCCAACUCACAAAUCAUUCGAUCCACUCCACCUGGAGAUACUAGUAGAUGACAACGAUCCUUUGAUCUCCCUCUUGCAAAAAGACUCACAAUUCCAGUUGCAACUAAAAAGUCUCACCAUGAAGCUCCUUUUUUCAACCGCAUUGAUCUCUGUAUUAUUGGCAACAACAAGUGCCUUUGCGUUUCUUGGUUCCACGUUGAAGAAGCAGACCUUGGUCUACUCGACUUUGGAUGACGCUGUCGAGAACGCAGCUCAGCCUCAGAAAAGUCGUCCUGCUGAUGACGCAUGGGUGUCGCAGCAGCUCAAUUCAAUGGAUCAGAUUGAACUACCAGGCGCCGUCGACCCAAUGCACCGCGAGCAUGAUUGGUUCAGUGAAGCCCUACAUGAGGGUCCUGAUUUGUUGAAAGGGCUUGGUGCAGGCAAGGAUUCCUCCCCCAUCCACCCAAAGUCAGUGUAUCAUGGUCUUCGUCCUGUUGUCCCUCCUGCUGCACCCUCUUUUCAGUCUUUGCAGGCGUAUCACUUGGAACCAGUUGAUCUUUCCGAGAAAGCAACUCCAUCUAUUUUUCGUGAGCAUGACUGGUUUGGUGCUGUUCUGAACCAAGACCCCAUGUCAUUGGAGGGACUUCAAAUCAAGGCAGGGAAAAGCCCUAUCGCAGUGUCUAUGGAUGCUGGAAUCGUUCCGGACGUUCCUCGCAUGGCUCCUUCGCUUGAGUCUUUGGAAAGCUUUUGUCUUGGACCAAAAGGCAAUGCCAACCCAACGGCAGGGAAAAGUCCUCUUGCAAUGUCGAUGGAUGCUGGAAUCAUUCCGGACGUGCCUCGCAUGGCUCCUUCGCUUGCAUCUUUGGACAGCUUUUGUCUGGAGCCAAAAGGGAAUGCCAACCCAACAGGAAGUGUUGGAGUCAGUCGGGAGCUGGUGGAGUGGUUCUCUCAUGCAAACAAGGGUUGCAAGCAAGCUAGCACUUUGGUCGACCACAAUCAAGUGAAUCAUGGCAGUGGAGAGUGGUUCAUGCAAGCGCUCGCCUAGGCAAAAAA